GUUUCUGCUAUCGACCGCUAUGAACCGUUUUCGCCAAUCAGAAACAAAUAUACUGGUGUAACUGUCGUUGACCUAAUUUUAGUGAACAAUGCUGUCAUUUCGUUAAUUUCACCAUAACAGAUUCUAAUGUCUCAUCAUUCAUUCGGUUCUGGAAAUAGCCUGUACAGACUGGAUAGUGUGUUCAAUGAACGGGCGGGACCGAGGAUGCCAGGGACACAGAUUGAACGACGGUAUCGUCACCCUGUUGUUCCGAUUUUAUCAACAGAUGCUCCACACUAUGCUCAAGCAUCACAACUAUAUCCAAUGAGAAGUUCUUCGGAGCGUGAUAAUGUUUACUGGUACAAACCCGGGUCUCUUGGACGAUCAUCUCAGGGGAGUAGCUCAAGCACUAUUGGUCAGUCGAUUGUAAUACCAGUUGUUCAUUUAGGUGCCUCUAGAGGAUCCAUUGCAUCAAGUUCAUACACAAUGGCUUCUCAUUCUUCUGAAAAUCUAGAUAACACACCAAAUGCUCUGCAAACUGAUAAUAGCGAAAGUACUAAAUCUACAUUUAGAACUUCAUCAGUCCUUACUACUGGUAAUCGGCCAAUAAAUCGACCUGCACCACCACUUUCAGAUCCUGAAGCUGAAGUCGAUGCUUUAACAAAUCUCUUAAUGCAAAGCAUGGAGACUCGGUCGUCUGUAUCUUCAGUUGGAGCUGGUGGGACAUUAACUUCUGGGCCAGACGCAGUCAAUUCUUCUCCAGCUGGGAGUUUACGGCGUGGGAGUGGUCUCAACUCUCAGUUUGGACGUUUGCAACAGCACUCAGGCCUUACUUCCACUGCUGGAGGGAAUGUGAAUGGUGGUCGAGGUAGUCCAUUGGCAACAGCGGUCACUUCUGCUUCAACAACUGGGAGCUCAUCAACAAACUCUCCCACUGAAUCAGCUUCUAGUAUGUGUAUUCCUAAUGAUACUGCCAGCGCAAUGACCAAUGCAACUGCGGGUCAAAACAUAUGUUUUCGAUGUCGUCGUUCACUUGUCCCACCGGAAGGUAGCACACUUAGUGGCAGUUUAGCUUCGACAAACAAUGUUGUGACUCUAACAGGCGCUUUAGGUGUAAAACUUCAUGUGGCUUGUUUUACAUGUUAUCGUUGUGCUGCUCCGCUGAAGUCAGAUGCAUACUACCACAAUCUAAGACGUUUGUUAUGCCCGGCCUGUGUACGUGACGGGGGUGUUGAGGCAUGUUCAAACUGUCAUAGACCCAUAGGUGAUAGAGUAGUUCACGCUCUUGGGAUGCCCUAUCAUCCCAACUGCUUCGUCUGUGUAGUAUGCGCAGGUAGACUAGAUUCUAGACCUUUUACCAUUGAUGUUCAUGGUCGACUACACUGUCUUACUGAUUUUCAUAAACGCUACGCACCAAGAUGUGCGUCAUGUGGAAGGCCGAUAGUACCAGAUGCUGGAUGUCAAGAAGCACGUCGUGUUGUCUCAGGAAACUCAAACUACCAUUUAGAAUGUUUCGGAGUUCAGACACUACCUCAAAGCUUAAAUCUAAAGUCAACAGCAUUUAAGGUUAGCGGUAGUAUUGCCAGUUAGUAAUAUUACAGCCUGGAGAAUAUUCGUCGACGUUGCCGGAGAUAACCUGGAACUUUUAUUCUGAGAUCUACAUGAACAGAACUUGAAACAACUUUUUGGCUUAACAUUAGAAGCAGUAUCACACAAUACACCAUGAAAAUAAACUUGGAUUCCCCACAUAACUUAUCACUUUAUACCAACUUCAUACCUUAUUCUGAUGACUGUUUUUCGACGACGGUUUCAUUUACUGUCUGAUACUUCUUUUCAGCGUUUACAAUUUGUUCCAAUUUCCCUUCUCUAUUCAGUAAAUCCCUUCCUGUAGGUAUAGUCACUAACUAACAACAAUAUUCCUUUACUUUUUUAUGAAUUGUAUACAAUAACUUCUACUUUUGGUUGUGUUUUACCUGUUUGUGAGAACGUCAACAUAUAAAUGUCUUGAUACACUGA